AUGACACGUGUCCAACCUCCUAUCCCUGAGGCCCCGAUUGAGGAGGCAGCUAUGCCUACUGGCCCAAGCACGAGCACAGCUCCGGCCGGAUGUCAAUCCCGUCUGCCUGUUGCUACCCCUCAGCUUCUCCCUACCCCCGAUCCCUCUGCAUCCACCCCACAUGCAUCCGCCAGCCCCACCAUCCCUUCAUCCACCCCACAUCCAUCCCCUACCGUCACCAUCCCUUCACCCAACCCACAUUCAGCUCCUACGCCCACCAUCCCUUCACCUAGCCCACAUCCAGCCCCUACGCCCACCAUCCCUUCACCCACCCCCCAUCCAUCUCCUUGCCCCACCAUCCCUCCACCCACCCCACUUCCUUGUUCUAGGUCUGACGUCCGUCCACCCACCCCACAGUCAUUUCUUCAGCUGUCACCCAUUCCAUCCUUUGACCUGGGUACCCCACCUGACAUGCAGCAGGAGCCACCCUCCCAUAGUUCGUUUAGUACCCCUUCUUCAGCCAUUGACCCACCCCAUGUUCAGGCUGAGCAGGUGGUUGGGUUACCUACAGCGGCUGAAGGUCGGCCUAAACGCAUAUCAAAGGCACCUCCGUGUGGGACAGGGGGGCACAAACAUGGACAUAAUGUUGGGCCCGAGGCAUCUGACGAAGGACAUGCAAGACCUCCUCCUCAUUAUACGAGACGGCGUAAGAUUCAAAAAAGGUAUCUGAAAGCUUAA